AUGCCACUCAGUUGGACACUCACCCUCAUCUUGUGUUACUUGCUCCUGUGUGAAACGAUCCAUCAUGUGUUUGCAGUGAGGAGUGAAAACGUCGGUUGCCCGGUUAGGGGGGCAAGUGCUGGUUGUUCGGUUAUAGGGGUACGUGCUGGUUACGUAGCUCCCUCCUUGCACCCGAGUGAAUGUGCCUGGAGGAGGGCGAGGCGAGACACCAAAUUGUGGGCGUACAAUUUCCGGGCGAUCGAGCGCAAGUGGCAGGUGGUGUGGAAUUCGAAGCGAUUACUGGAUAGGGAUUUCGCUCGGUUCAACCGGAAUGCCCAGGCGGAGAGUCAAGGUGAAGGGGAAAAAUUAGCUAAAGGAAGUAAAGUAAGUAAAGUAGGUAGAGUAGGUAAAGGAGAAUGGAAAAAUGAAGAAAGCGUUGGACGCGAAUUUGAAGAGGAGGAAAGAAGGAAAACCACCAGGCGGAAGUUCUACAUCCUGGAUAUGUUUCCAUACCCCUCAGCUCAGGGUCUACAUAUGGGGCACAUCCUGUGCUUCACCAUAACAGAUGUGUUAGCGAAAUUCAAGCGAAUGACAAACCACUGUGUCUUCCAUCCCAUCGGAUGGGACAGUUUUGGAUUGCCGUGUGAUAGAAUGUCAAUGAAGCUGAAAGUAGAUCCAAGAGAAAUCAUCCAAAAAAAUAUAUUAAAUUUUAAGGAACAAGUAAUAAAGAUGGGAUUCCUUUUCAACUGGGAUAACGAAAUCAACACAUCGGAUGAAAUUUUCUACAAAUGGACCCAGUGGAUUUUCAUUCAGAUGUAUUUAAAAAAACUAGGUUAUAAGAAGAAUUCCUAUGUAAAUUGGUCGAAGGAAAUUAAAUGUGUAAUCUCAAAUGAUGAAAUGAAGAAUGAAGCGAAUGUGGAAGGAUUAAAGGUUACGAAGAGGAAGUUGCUGCAGUGGUACCUGAGGAUUACAAAGUACGCCACCAGACUUAUUGAGGAUUUGAAGGAGAUCGAUUGGCCGGAGAAGAUUAAGCGCAUGCAAAUUAAUUGGAUAGGAAAGAAAAAAGGCAUCAUCCUAAAGGCGAAAGUUAUACCUAUCCAUGAAUGGAAAACUAGGCAGAUCUCUCAUACCCCUUCAGGUUGUUCCAUUCCACAUGUUCUCUACCAUAGUAUAUACGAAAACGAUGAGAUGACACUCCUUUUGAAUUAUUUGUACCAUACGGGGGGGUAUGGAUACGAUUUUUUCUAUUCUUUUGUUCGAAUGGGUGGUGAGAAGUAUCCCAUCGAAUGGGUCGAAAACCAAAUGGAACGUCUAAUUCAGGAGGAAGACGCAGUGGAAAAUUCGCUGAGGAGGAUCAAGCCGAGUGUACCUAAACCAGUGCUUCCGCCCAACAAAGGAGAAAAAAAAUAUUUGCUAAACUUUGACACGGAUAAGGAGGAAAACGAAGGGGGGGAUCUCUAUGUGAAAAUAUUUUUAAACGAAAAGGAGGCCAUUUUUCCAGGGGAUAAAUUAGUAGUCAGUGUUAAUCAUCCGAAGAUUGACAAAAUAGUGAAUGGGAAAAAAUGUUUACUGAACUUUGUGAGGAGAGGAAUUAGGGAGAACGACACGGAGAGGUUAAAGAAUGAACAGAUCUUCUUCACAGGCUCAGUUAUCUACAAUCCCAUAAUAGGAAAGUACAUCCCCAUAUACGUUUGUACAUAUGUAUUAGAGAACAAUAGUGAUUUGCUAUUCGUUAAAAGGGGGAGGAGAGAAAAAGUGGAAGAGACUUCAAAGGGGGAAGAAGCCCUUCACAAAUUGUUGUCCUCAUCCAGGUAUAGCAAAAAGUACAGUGUGUACAAUUUGAAAGACUGGUUAUUUUCCAGGCAGAGAUACUGGGGAGAACCCUUUCCGUUCCUCUUUCCAGUGGGAGGAACAAAAGAAGGGGGACAAGAAAAGGGAGAGAUAAAAAAUGUGUGUAAUUCUCCAGUGGAAGGGAUCUACAUAGAUGACAUCCCUGUGCAUUUGCCAAAGUUUCACAAAAGAGUAUACGAAUUGGGUUCUAAUAGAUACAAUGAAGGAUCUCCUUCCGUUUUGUCAAGAUUUAAAAACUGGGUUUUCCAAAGAAGGGGAAACGUACUGUACAAGAGAGAAUGUGAUAUCAUGCCACAGUGGGCUGGGUCUAGUUGGUAUUUCUUAAGGUACCUGGACUCAAAGAAUUCGAAUUGCAUUUUUAACAAGGAGAGAGCAAAUUUGUGGAUGCCUGUGGAUCUGUACGUUGGAGGAAGUGAGCACGCUGUUCUGCAUCUGCUUUAUGCCAGAUUUUUCCAUAAAUUUCUGUACGACCUUAAGUUAGUUAAGCAUAAGGAACCUUUCCAAAGAUUGUUCAAUCAGGGCCUUCUGCUGAGUGCCAGUUCGUUCUUUGCUUACACAACGUUGGAAGGAAAGUUGGUUAGUUAUGCGGCGGUGAGGGCGGAGGCAGCAGAGGGAGAUAAAAUUGAGAAGGAGGGGGGAACCCAGCAGAGGCAAGGCUCCGUCGAGUCAAACAUUACGGAGAGUAAUCCAGGGGAUGAUGUACUUAUAGGUGGAAAUGGUGAACCUCUCAAGGAGAAACAAAUCUAUCCAUCCGGCGCAGAGCUCUCAUCCGACAAGCAAAACUGCAGCAUUGAAAAAGCGCUAGGAGAAAAAGUCUCAUGCGAAAAUGAGAAGUACAGGAAGUAUCGAAUUCCAGAAGAGCUAGUGGUGCAGAGAGAGGGAAAGUAUUUUUUGAAGGACACCCCAGAUGUAGAAGUAAAAGCGAAUUAUGAAAAAAUGUCAAAAUCUAGAGGAAACACAGUGAACCCGAAUGAUAUCGUGAAGAAAUAUGGAUCCGAUUGUCUCCGACUCUACAUCUUGUUCUUAGGACCUAUAGAUCAAAACAAAAAAUGGGAUCUAAAAGGGAUAAAAGGAACCUUUAAAUUCUUAACCAAUUUAUACAACUUGUUUGUGAAGGAUACCUCCUUGGCAGGAGAGAAGAGACAAGAGGAAGGUAGCACCACUACAGAAGUUGACUCGGGAGAAAUUCCGCAGGAGGGUGGUGACAGUGUCGUGGAACCCCCCCGCAAGAGAAAUAGCGAACAUAUAAUUUGCACCAAGUGUAGGAGAAAAAAAAGGAACCAGCACAUGAUUCUAAAUUUUGAAAUGAUUAAAAGUGGGGGUUAUAAACUUGAAGGAAAAUUCAACCCUGAUGAGAAGAAAGAAGCAAUAAAGCGUAAUAUAAACUUCCUACGUAGUGAAGACCAUUCGUGCAAAGAGCUAUCAGAUUUUAUUGUAAAAAAAAAAGUACAAGAUAUUGAAACGGAGAAGAAAGAAAGGGCAAAUUUUUUCAUUAACAAAAUAACUAAAUGUCUAAACAACAUGAAGCUAAACACAGCCGUCUCGUUCUUCAUGAUAUUUUUCAACGAAAUUAAAAAGUGGGACUACAUCCCAUUGAAGAUAUUUUUGGUGUUUGUUAAAUUGCUGUUCCCAUUUUGCCCUCACAUCUGCGAGGAGUUUUGGUUUUUUUACUUGAAAAAAUACAAAGCGGAGAGAAAGCAGAUUUGCUACUUCUGCAAUUCUAGCCUGAUGUACUUCGCGCGCUGGCCUUCCUUAUUCGAGUUGGAGUCGGCAAAGGUAAGCAGACUUUCUAUCCGACUGAAUAAUCGCCACGUGACCUUCAUGGAGGUCGCGAGGGAAAGCGGUUUGGAGGAGCUGCGAAGUGUAGAAAGUUGUGAGCAUUCCGAGCGCCCCACGAAUGGCGAACCGUCGGAACGAUCAGAGAAAAUCAUUCGCGAGGCUACAAAUAAAAUAACGGAUCGAAUAGAAAAGGAGAAAAAAAAGGGAAAACGACUUGUGAACGUUAUGUAUAUUCCGAACAAAGUCGUAAAUUUUGUUUUCAAGUGA